UCUGGUCACACUAACAGCUGGCUCAGCAUUCAACCAGUAAAAAUGGCUGCUGCAACAUCGUAAUUGUUUAUUUGUUAAAAAAUAGAAAAUACCCAAGUGUAGUGUAUAUAGCAGUCUAACUGAAGCUGUAAAAGAGUGCGCCCGCUACGAAUCAUUCCAGCAACACGCAACAUUCCAGACGUCCAACAUGUCGCGCUCGCACAACAAUGAGAUCAACAACAGCACUCGCAGUAUUUACAUUUGCUAUGUGAUUUGCAUCCUUUGGAGUUACUGCUGCAAUCUAGUUGCAUCUGUUUCCGUAACCGAGAAUCAAAGUGCGCAACGUUACCUGCCUAAUGUUGCCUUGGGCGAUGAACAGCUCAAGCAGAUGAUCAAAGGCGUCGGAGCAGCGGAUGCCAAUUGGCGACAACGCGCCAAACCAGAAGUAACCGAUGUGAAGACUGAGUUGGCCAAAUUGAAUACCACCUAUGUGUAUCAGAAUGAUUGGCCAGCGAAUGAUGUGAAACUGGGAGCAGUGACCGCAGUCAGCUUGGAUGGAGCUGGCCAUGUUGUCAUCUUUCAUCGCGUCGAUCGCAUCUGGAAUUCCAUAACAUUUAACAACUCGCAUGUGUAUCAAGAACGUAACAAGGGACCCAUUAAACAGAACACCGUGUUGGGUCUUGAGCCCGAGACCGGCAAAGUGCUCUACGAAUGGGGUAAAAAUUUCUUUUACAUGCCACAUGGUCUGACCAUUGAUCCAGAGGAGAAUGUCUGGGUCACCGAUGUUGCCUUGCACCAGGUCUUCAAAUUUCCGCCACGCGGCGUUGGUGGCCAACCUCUUCUUAGUUUGGGCACCGCCUUCCAGCCCGGUGCGGGUAAAAGGAAGUUCUGUAAGCCAACUGCCGUUGCUGUGCUCAACAAUGGUGACUUCUUUGUGGCCGAUGGCUAUUGCAAUUCACGCAUUGUGAAAUACUCGAAGGAGGGCGAACAAAUCUUGGUCUGGGGACAAAAUUCCUUCAGUGGCUACUCGUAUGACGUUUCACCUGUCAAUUUCUUUGCCAUUCCGCAUGCUUUAACUCUGGUGCCCGAGCUGGAGCUGCUGUGUGCCGCUGAUCGUGAAAAUGGACGAGUGCAGUGCUUUUACUCAAACAAUGGCAGCUUCCAUUCGCAAUACCACAAUCCACUGAUUGGCGAUCGUCUGUUCAGCAUGGCCUAUACACCAUCAGCUGGUGGUCAGUUAGUGAUUGUGAAUGGACCCACCGGCGAGUUGGGAAUUUCACCUCAGCACUACAACGAAGUGCAUGGCUUUGUCAUGAGCAUGCGCACCAGUAAACUCAUCUCCAAAUUCGGACCCAAUAACUUGGAAUUUCAGAAUCCACACGACGUUGCUGUCACAGCCGAUGGCAAUGCAAUCUACGUAGCUGAAUUGAAUCCGAUGCGCAUACACAAAUUUGUGCACAAAUCGCUGGCCAAGCCGAUGUCGCUCUCGGUGCAGAAGAUGAGCAGCGGUGAGAGUGAGACGUCAGUAAUGACGGCGUCCACGUCCUCAACGCGACAUCAUCCCAGUGGCAAGGCCAUAUUGGUGGCAUCCCUGAUGCUGCUGUUUGCUGGCUCUACAUUUGUGCUGGCGCUGAUUAUGGCACGUCGACGCAAACGAGGUUGCCUACCAUUUGGCACACAUAGUCGCCGGCAUGCUUGGGAGAAGAGCGAGGGCUUUAAACUUGGUGGCCUGCUGGAUCGCAAUGGCUUCGAGAAGCUCGAUCAGAAUGCCAGCGAUGAGGAGCAGGAGCAACAGGAGACGACAACGCUCUCGCAGCAGUACGCCUAGAGAGCGGCAGCCUGACGUACACCAGGACCAAGAGACUUAUCUAUUUUAUAAACAUUCCUAGUUCUUAGUAGUUCUAAAAUACCUCACAGUGAAUUUAUAGCUAUGUUUUUAAAUAUGUGUUUUCUAUGCUUUUACGAUUGUGACUGUGUAUUAUACUUUUUCUGACCAUUCCACAAAGAGCCAACCUUUGCCAAAUUGACAAUUUAAGU